AUGUCGUCCACCAGCAACGCCUCCAUUGACAAGUUCAACGGAGACAAUUACGCAACGUGGAGCCGGUACAUGCGCGGUGUGUUUCUGACGAAGUCCGUCUGGCACGUCGUCAACCGUGAAGUGACUCCGACUUUCACCGACCCGCGAGCGUCCGAUGACUACGUCAAGGCAAGCAACGUCGCGUUUGGUAUGAUGCUGCUGCACAUGAACGCGGACUACCAUCAUGUGCUGGACAACUGCGAGGAAGCCUGGGUUGAGUGGACAAGUCUGAAGACGCUGUACGGUGGGUCGCAGAAGGCAGGACGCAUCUACCUCAAGCGACAACUUUUCAGUAUCAAGAUGGCUGAAGGCGCGAACGUCAUGCAUCACUGCAACGAGGUCCUCAACAUCUCCGCCAAGCUUAGCGGCAUCGGUGCGAAGAUGGAAGACGAAGACGUUGCGAUCUGUCUGCUACUCAGUCUUCCGAAGAGCUACGAAAAUGUGGUGCUCAACAUGGAAAUGAGCAGCACCGAGCUUCGCACUCAAGACGUGGUGAGAGUCCUGACGAAUGAGCAUGCCAAGCGUCAAGGAGAAAAAGGGACAACGACAGCGACUACGGUGAAGGCUGAAGAUGCAAGCAAGGCAUUCAGCGCCGAGCGUGAGCCCUACCAAUGCACGUAUUGUGGCAAGCCCGACGCGGCGGCAAUGGUCGUGGACGCGGGGGCUAACAAUGUCCAGUGGGGACAUCAUGAUGAAGGCAAUGGCUACGAUCGAGUGGCGUUUGCAGUCUCGUUCGAAUGUGGAGUUUCGACGAGCAAGGACGUGUCUGGAAUGUGGGCCGUCGACAGUGGUGCAACGCACCACAUUUGCCACGACAAGACCAAGUUCGCAAGUUUGGCAGAGCGCAAUGAGGGCGAACUCUUGGUGGCUGAUGGCAACAAGGUGGCCAUCAAGGGUGUGGGAACCAUCAUGGAAAAGGUGGUUCUGCCCAACGGUGAAGAGCGUGAGAUCGAAAUCAAGAACGCGCUAUAUGUUCCAAGUAUGAGCAAGAACCUGCUCUCGGUGCCACAGAUUAACAGCCAUGGCAAGUUUCAAGUCGUGUUUGACGGGUCCAAGAUGUAUGUGACUCUCAAGAACUCACAGCAAGUGGUGGCGACAGCGGAUCUCGUGGAUGGACUCUACUGGCUUCGGACGACUCAACGAUCAGCGAAUGUGACAACAAGUGGAACCAGUUGUGCCGAUCUACAUGCGAGAAUGGGUCAUGCUACAGUCGACGUGCUUCGCAAGAUGGUCUCCAACAACAUGAUCAAAGAUGUGGGAGUGCCUCUCAAGUCAAGUGGAUCAGGUACAUGUCGAGGAUGUCAGCAAGGGAAAAUGGUCCAAAACCCAUUCCCAAGCAAUCGUGACAAGCGAAGCUACGAUACGUUUGAGCUACUUCAUCUGGACAUCUGCGGGCCCAUGGAAAAGGAUUCGCUCGGUGGCAGCAAAUAUUUGCUGCUGAUCAUCGACGAAGCCAGUGGAUGCAUGAAGGGCUUUUGUCUACGAGUGAAGUCCGAGAGUAAAGACUACAUCCGGAAAUAUAUCACCAUGGUACAGACGCAAUUCUGUAAGAAGGUCAAGUUCGUGCGACACGACGGAGCUCGCGAGUUUGCAACCAACUCGCUUCAACUGUUCUACGAAGACGAAGGCAUUGAACAGCAGACAACGGUGCCGUAUGCACAUCAAACAAACGGAACAGCAGAGCGUGCCAUUAGGACUAUUGUCACGAUCGGCCGCAGCAUGCUUCAUCAUGCCAAACUGGACAAGUGUUUCUGGGCCGAAGCAGCGAUGACGGCCAUCUACGUCAAGAAUCGACUGCCGUCACCUAAAGUCGUGCACAAGACCCCGUUUGAGAUCGUCUACAACUUGAAACCAAGCGUCAAGCACAUGCGAACAUUCGGGUGUCAGACAUACAUACUGACGCCUAAAGAGAAUCGACUCAAGUGGGAUCCAAAGGCUCGCGCUGGCAUAUUCGUGGGCUACGAAGAAGUUUCGAAGGCAUAUCGUGUUUAUGACAUCGAGGCGGGGCAGGUGGUUAUCAGCCGCUUUUGA